AUGAGCAGAGAAGGGCUUGAAGCUAUUACAGACCAGUCUUUAGGACAGCCUGAGAUUCCAUUUGAUUGCAUAGCUAAAGUUGCUGCCAUAGCUUCGAUGUGCGUUCAGCCUGAAGUAUCGCACCGUCCUUUCAUGGGAGAAAUGAGAAUCGAGCUUGAGAGUUCUUGUGGUGGAGAAGGCUCAGGGAGGAUGGCUAGGUAUCCGUUGCUACCGAGUUAUGACUCUGAGCCUGAUACACAGAGAGGACUUUCUGUGUCGGAGAUGUUUACUGGUUCAGGGAGGUUAGAGAGACAGUCUAACUCAGGUCCCUUUGCUUCUGGUCGGGGAAAGAGGUUUUGGCAGAAGAUGAGGAGAUUGUCUACGUGA